GGUUUACUGCAGGUCAACUGUACGUCAUGUCCUGACAUGAGAUGAACCUGAAUAGCUACACAUACAGACUGUGGAGAGAUUUCCAAACAGAAACCUAUUCAAGAAUGAGGAAUAAAUAUGUUAUCCUCAUCAUCUGCAUUGUGGCCCUCGUCAUCAUUGAAAAGGAAAACAAUAUUAUCUCAAGGGUCUCUGAAAAGCUCACACACAAACAGACACAACAAACCCCUCUUUCAUUAUUCAAUGGCUCCAUUUUGGAUGACAGUGAGAUGAGUAUAAAUUCCACACAGCUUGUAGAUACAGACCAGGCUGGUCAUAAGCACAUUCUCUUAUUGGCCACCACUCGCACUGGAUCCUCCUUUGUAGGUGAGUUUUUUAACCAGCUGGGCACCAACAUGUUCUACCUGUUUGAGCCUCUGUGGCAUGUAGAGAGGACACUUUCGCAGGACACAGGGAUCCCCAAUUCCAACAUCUCAUCCAUUGCAUAUCGAGAUGUGCUGCUAAGCCUAUUCUUGUGCAACUUCUCGCUGCUGGAGAGCUUCAUCAACCCACCUCCUCUAGAGCAUGUCACUCCAGCUCUGUUCCGCCGUGAGUCCAGCAUGGCUCUGUGUGAGGAGCAGGUGUGCACGCCAGUGCAGAAGAAAGUUUUUGAGAGAUAUCGUUGCAGAACACGCCGCUGUGGCCCUCUCAACUUCACCUUGGCCUCACAGUCCUGUCUGAGAAAGAAGCACAGGGCUAUCAAGACGGUUAGAAUCCGGCAGCUGGAUUCGCUCCGUUUGCUAGUUGAAGAUCCUAGACUGGAUAUUAAGGUCAUUCAGCUGGUGAGAGACCCCCGUGCCGUCCUGGCCUCAAGAAUGGUAGCCUUCUCUAGCAAAUACCAGACUUGGAAAAGUUGGGCAGCAAAUGGAGAGGUACCCACUGAUGAUGAAGAAGUGAAAAGGCUUCAAGGAAAUUGCAAUCAAAUCCGUGAGUCCGCCGAGCUGGGCUUGAGCCAACCGGAUUGGCUGGAAAAUCGCUACAUGCUUGUGCGCUAUGAGGACAUUGCCAGAUACCCCAUGCAGAAAGCGGCUGAGAUGUACAGGUUUACCGGGGUCCCAUUCACUGCACAGGCAAGGGAAUGGAUCAUUAAGAACACACAUGCUGCAGAGGUUGCCAGUGGAGUGUACUCUACACAAAAGAACUCUUCAGAGCAGGUAGAAAAGUGGCGUUUCAGUAUACCCUUCAAAUUAGCCCAAGCUGUGCAAGAGGUCUGUGGGCCGACUAUGGAACUAUUUGGAUAUCGAUUUGUUGACAGUGAGGAGACACUAGUUAAUAGGUCUAUUAGUUUGCUUGAAGAAAAACAGUUUAAUGUAUCAUAUGUUACAGAUUAUAACUCAUAGUUUUCGUAGCAGAGUAGUGUUAUACAUUUUAAACAGAGCAGUGAAUGUAUUUCAAAUGCAUAUGUACCACACUGGAGCACAGAUGUUGCAUGCCUUCAGCGCUUACCUCAUGGUUUAGCUUUAAUCAAAGUGCAUUCAGUUUGGUUCGACUAAUUAAGAUAUUAAAUGAUUAAUUCAUUGUAUUUGCUGCUUGUGUUUGAAAAGGAAUUUUAUUUGUAUAAGUAAAUUAGGUUGUUGUUUUUAGUCCUGGAGAUGCUUUUAGUCAAACAUCUUUACCCAAGUUGUUUUUGUAUCUUUCAUAGUUUCUUUUAAAAUUUCUUUUAAAAUGUGCGUUUACUGUUUGUGUUCUGAACACAAAAUGAAG